AUGGUCACAUUACGUCUUAUAUCACGAUUCUUAACUGUUGGCAAACUGUGGUGGGAUGACUGGUUUCAUAUUAUCGCUGGGGUAUUUUCCGUCCCGUUGGUCAUUGCAACAAAUCUCUGUGCUAAAUAUGACCUCGGUUACCAUAUUUACUCUCCCAAGUUUACCGCUUCAAAAGUUACUUCUCUCCUUUUUUGGUUCUACAUGUGCCAAAUAUUUUGGGGCUUGGCCAUUUACUUCGUUAAGAUGUCCAUCCUGGCACUCUAUCUCCGCCUGUUUCCGAACAAGGGCCUUCGCCUUGCUGUCUUUUUAUGCAUGGGCUUCGUGACUCUCUCUGUGGUCAUCCUCAUCCCCUUGGUGAUCUGGCAAUGCAACCCUAUCGCUGCAUCGUGGGAACUAGAUGCAAGACACCAUGCGAAGUGCCUGAGCCUCUCUGGAGUUGCAUAUGCCAAUGCAGCCGUCAAUAUUGCGACAGAGAUUACGAUUCUUAUCAUACCGCUACCCGUGAUAAGAAAAUUGCAGAUCAACCGAGCGAAGGCAAUCUCGCUGUAUGUAUUGUUUGGUGCGGGUCUACUUGUUAUUGCGAUUGCUUCCGCUCGCGUUCCGAGUAUAGGCCAUAUUGCCACCCUCGAUGAUCCGACCUACAAGAAUGUCCCCCUUACCGAUGGUACAAAAAGCACGCGUAUUUGGGAGCUUUGGAAGCGGAACACACGGAAAAUCCAAUGGCUGGGGUGGUACUCCCACCAGCAAACAAAGCUAUUCUGCCGGUUCAGGAACGUCUGGCUCCCUAGCACAAUUGAGGCGUACGGGGGACAGCACAAGGAAAACCAGUGA